UGGCAGAGCUUUGUUAAUUAAGGUACUGCAGUGCUAUUAAAUUCACUAGCACAUUUUUUCGAUACCGAUUUGGUUCGACCAAUAGGGUUCGACAUGCUAGCGACAUUAGAUGGUUUGAUUUUAAAUUAGAUUUACAGGCUAUAUAAAACCUGAAGAUAUUUGCAUUUGGGUCUCACUCGUGCGCAACUUUCUGUACUUGAAGCCAGUGCGGGGUGGUGAUCAACAUGGCAGACAAGCUAAAAGAUACAGAAAUAGAAACUGGAGAGUUUGCUCUUGAAACGUACGGAGACGGAGACGGUAAACUAGAUGGUUCAAAUUUAGGAAAAUUUAUGUAUUGUAUGGGUAUAAAUCCUAGUCUAGAGUAUUUAAAAGGUGCAGGAAUGACAGAAAAAGAAGGAGAAAAAAAAUUAACACUCGAUGAAUGUUUAAACGCCUACGCAGAACUGAAAAAGUCAAUAAAAGAUUUUGGGUGUUACGAAGACUUUAUUGAAUGUUUAAAAUUGUAUGACAAAAACGAGAAUGGUUUUAUGUUAGUUGGAGAAUUAAGUCAUUCCCUAUUAACUUUAGGAGAAAAAUUAAAUGACGCUGAAGUAGAUGAAGUUUUUGAACAAUGUCUGGAUGAAGAGAAUGAUGAUGGGGAAAUUCCUUAUAUACCUUUCCUCAGAAGGAUGUGCGAGUUGGACCCACCAUUGAAACCCAAGAAAAAAUAAAGAAAGAAAUAAGUUUUCCUAUCUGUAUAUCUGUAUGUUUCCGCUUGUAUUAUAUGCUUAUAUCUAAAAACUCUGAUCUAUUAUGUAUUAUAUGCUUACAUAUAAAUAAACUCUGAACUUUCGCAAAUAA